AUGAACAGGCAUCCCUAUGGGCUCAACAGUGACUGGUUAUGUGUGAAAACAGAGGGCUCAUUCAUCCGCGCCCUUGCUCUUUGGGGGUGUUCUUGGGGGGCCGGGAAAGAAGUUCUAGAGAAACCCAACGGGAAGGUGGGUUCCCAGCAGGAGGGGUCGAAGGAGGACCGGAGCACGGCUGAGACGAAGGAGUCCGGGCCAACUCUGAGCCCAACGAAGCAACAACCCACUUCUGAGUCAACCUCGCCACGUCCUGGAGCCAGCCUCCCGGAAGCGACCGCAAGGCCGAAGCCUGUGAGAUCACUUGAAGAAUAUGGCGUCCCAGAGCAGCGAAAGCAAGUGAAGAAGCAGAAGCAGAAAGUAGCACCCCAACCCAAGGCCAGAAAACCUCAGGGCAGAGUUCAGGGGCAAAAGAAAACAGGACAACUUCCCUCUCAGCCAAAAAAGGAAACCAACAAACCAAACUGGGGCUUUCCCAGGAAAGGAAUUGCUAUAAAAAAAUCCCAGGUGACCAAGAAAGGGACCACCAAGCAAAGUCACAACACUGCUGCGACUAGGAAAAAGAAAGAAGGGAAAGCCGCGUUCUCCAAGCAAGUGGCCAGGCUCCUGAGAAAGAACGUGACACUGACGCGAGAGGUAGCCAGCACCAAAGAGGAAGGGAAAAGGAAGAAGCAGGAAGACAUCAGUGCAAAAAAACUGGGCUGGAAGAAACCGUUCGAAGGGGAAAGGCAACAGAAGGCAGCCAGCAAAGAGGCGUUCAAACAGCCUGUCCAGACCCACAACGCUACUGAGCCAGAGAAAGGGAAGACAGAAAGGAGAAAGGAAUCGGGACGUGGCAGAGACAGUCCCACGUUGGCUCCCAAGAAGGAGGAUGCCCCAGUGCCUAACGUCCCUCUGAUUUUUGGCCCUUUAGUCAUUGGAGAGUCACAGCCAGGAGGGCAGGUUCUCAUGCCUUCCCUCCCCACCACCUGCCUCCUGUCGGAGUCUGCCAUCGCCUGUGGAAACGUCAAGAUGAAAUUCAUCCCUGUCCUGGCUGACGCAGGGUUAAAAACUCUCUACUUGGCAGAGAAUGAGAUUGCGAAGAUCCCGGCAGACGCCUUCUCUGGCCUGCCCAACCUGGAGUGGCUGGACCUCAGUAAAAACAAAUUGGACUCCCAAGGGCUGCACCCUGAUGCUUUCAAGAACCUAACCAAACUGAAGCGGCUGAAUCUGGAUGGGAAUUCUCUGGUCAGGAUCCCUUCCUUACCGUCAUCGCUCCAAGAGUUAAAAUUGAAUGACAAUGACCUCCAGGGCCUACUACGGCAGAGUUUCCGGGGACUGUUCAAGCUGCUAACGCUAGAGGUAGAGGGAAACCACUUACAUGAUGGAAACAUCUACCCUUUGACCUUCAAGCCUCUCCGGAGCCUCAUCUACUUGAGAUUGGAUCGGAACCGCUUACGGGCAAUCCCGUCGGGUCUGCCUCCCUCCCUCCAGGAACUGCACCUCGAUACCAACCACAUUGAAGAGGUGACCGAGGGCGUGUUGAACAAGACCCUGAACCUAAGUGUGCUGGUCCUGAGCAACAAUCGGCUCCAGGAAGACCGUCUAGCUCCCCGUGCAUGGAUAGACCUGCCGAAACUGGAGUCCUUGGACCUGUCAUACAAUCGCUUAGUUCAUGUGCCUUCCUUCCUGCCCCGGGGGCUGAAGCAGCUGACUCUCCAUCACAACCGGAUCGAGCGCAUCCCUGGCUAUGUGUUCGCUCACAUGAAGCCCGGGCUCGAGUUCCUCCACCUGUCCCACAACAACCUGCGGGAUGACGGCAUCCACAGCGUGUCCUUCCUGGGUCUUCACUGGUCUCUGGCGGAGCUGCUGCUGGACAACAACGAGCUCCAGGCCAUCCCCCGGGGCAUCCUGAGCCUGAAAUCCUUGCAGGUGCUGCGCCUCAGCCACAACAAGAUCAGGCACGUCCCUCUGAAUUCCAUCUGCGACACCCGGGUGGCUGAGGACUCUAAUCUGAUCUCCAUGCACCUGGAGAACAACCUCAUUGACCGACGCAGGAUCCCCCCAACAGCCUUCUCCUGCAUCAAGGCCUACCACAGUGUGGUCCUCCGGCCCCAGCAGAAUGAAGAGGACUAUUAG